GGGGGGCGGUCCGGCGGCUCGUCCCCGCCUGCCCGGGGCGGGGGCACGGAGAUCCCACCCGCGGCAGCGGCAUCCCCGGCGCCAGCUCCGCGCCCGCGCAGGUGGGGUUCGGCGGAACUUUGCUUCGGGGCACCGGGGGGGUGUGUGUGGAACGCGACACGAAGUUACCUGGGGGUGACCCCCGCCGUGCCCGCUUCUUUCCCACCACCUUCCUUCUCCCCCCGCCCCACUCCGCAACACUCCUCCCGCUUUGUUCCCGGGAGGAUGCGGCGCGCCUAACCCCGGCCGAGGCGGUGGGGCCGCGGCGGGGGCAGGGGCAGCCGGAAAACUCCGCGCCGCCCCUCUUCCUCCUCCUCCUCCUUCUCCUCCUCCUCCUCCUUCUUCCUCCUCCUCCUCCUGCAAGCCCCGGCGUGGAGUGAUGCUUCUCCGGGCGGCGGGCGGCGAUGGAGCGGGGCCGUAGCGCGGUGGAGCCGCGGUGCAGAGCAGCCGCCCGCUGCCCCUGAGCGAGGAGGAGGAGGAGGAAGAGAAGGAGGACGAAGGCCGGCGGCCAUGGAGGAGUGGAGGCAGUGCGGGCGCUGGCUGAUCGACUGCAAAGUUUUGCCCCCGAACCACCGGGUGGUCUGGCCUUCGGCGGUGGUCUUCGACCUGGCGCAGGCGCUGCGGGAUGGGGUCUUGCUGUGCCAGCUGCUCCACAACCUGUCCCCCGGCUCCAUCGACCUCAAGGACAUCAACUUCAGGCCGCAGAUGUCCCAGUUUCUCUGCCUGAAGAACAUCAGGACCUUCCUCAAAGUGUGUCAUGACAAAUUUGGGUUGAGGAACAGCGACCUGUUUGACCCCUUUGACCUCUUUGAUGUCCGGGAUUUUGGCAAGGUGAUCUCUGCAGUGUCCAGGCUCUCCUUCCACAGCAUUGCUCAGACCAAAGGAAUUAGGCCCUUCCCGUCCGAGGAGACCGCGGAGAACGACGAUGACGUGUACCGGAGCCUGGAGGAGCUGGCAGAUGAGCACGACCUGGGGGAGGACAUCUACGACUGCGUCCCCUGCGAAGAUGAAGGUGAUGAUAUCUACGAAGAUAUCAUCAGAGUGGAAGUCCAGCAGCCCAUGAUCAGAUACAUGCAGAAAAUGGGAAUGACAGAAGAUGACAAAAGGAACUGCUGCUUGCUGGAGAUCCAAGAAACAGAGGCCAAAUACUACAAGACCCUUGAAGACAUAGAAAAGAACUACAUGAACCCCCUGAGGCUGGUGCUGACUCCCCAGGACAUGGAAGCUAUUUUCAUCAAUUUGGAGGACCUCAUUAAAGUGCACUUCAGCUUCCUGCGAGCCAUUGAUGUCUCGAUGAUGGCUGGGGGCAGCAGCCUGGCCAAGGUGUUCCUGGAAUUCAAGGAGAGGCUGCUGAUUUAUGGCAAGUACUGCAGCCACAUGGAGUAUGCCCAGAACACCCUCAACCACCUCCUGGCCAACAGGGAGGAUGUCAGGCAGAAGGUGGAGGAGUGCACCCUGAAGGUCCAGGAGGGGAAGUUUAAGCUGCAAGACCUGCUGGUGGUUCCCAUGCAGAGGGUUCUCAAGUACCACCUCCUGCUGAAAGAGCUGCUCAGCCACUCCUCGGACCGGCCAGAGAAGCAGCAGCUGAAGGAGGCUCUGGAAGCCAUGCAGGACUUGGCCAUGUACAUCAAUGAAGUGAAGAGGGACAAGGAGACCCUCAAGAAAAUCAGUGAGUUUCAGAGCUCCAUAGAAAACCUGCAAGUGAAGCUGGAGGAGUUUGGGAGGCCGAAGAUCGAUGGCGAGCUGAAGGUUCGCUCCAUCGUCAACCACACCAAGCAGGACAGGUACUUAUUUCUGUUUGAUAAAGUGGUGAUUGUCUGCAAGAGGAAAGGCUACAGCUAUGAGCUGAAGGAGAUCAUCGAGCUGCUCUUCCACAAGAUGACCGACGACCCCAUGAACAACAAGGACAUCAAGAAGUCUCAUGGGAAGAUGUGGUCAUAUGGCUUCUACCUAAUCCACCUCCAGGGGAAGCAGGGCUUCCAGUUCUUCUGCAAGACAGAGGAGAUGAAGAGGAAAUGGAUGGAGCAGUUUGAGAUGGCAAUGUCCAACAUCAAACCAGAGAAAGCCAAUGCAAACCACCACAGCUUCCAGAUGUACACCUUUGAGAAGACCACCAACUGCAAGGCCUGCAGGAUGUUCCUGAGAGGAACCUUCUACCAGGGCUAUCUCUGCCCCAAGUGUGGAGCAGGUGCUCACAAGGAGUGCUUGGAGAUCAUUCCUCCCUGCAAGAUGGGCUCCUCAGCAGACCAGGAUUCACUGGGUGCUGGACCUGGUCCCAAAAUGGUGGCUGUGCAGAACUACCAUGGGACCCCAGCCCCCCCCGGGAAGCCGGUGCUGACCUUUCAGCUGGGGGAUGUGAUCGAGCUGCUGAGGGGGGACCCUGACUCACCAUGGUGGGAGGGCAGGCUGCUGCAGACCAAGAAGUCAGGUUACUUCCCCAGCUCCUCAGUCAAGCCCUGCCCUGUGGAUGCAAGGCCCCCCAACAGCCGCCCGCCCUCGCGGGAGAUCGACUACACAGCCUACCCCUGGUUUGCAGGGAACAUGGAGAGGCAGCAGACAGACAACCUGCUCAAGUCCCACGUCAGCGGCACCUACCUGAUCCGGGAGCGGCCGGCCGAGGCCGAGCGCUUUGCCAUCAGCAUCAAGUUCAACGAGGAGGUGAAGCACAUCAAGGUGGUGGAGAAGGACAACUGGAUUCACAUCACGGAAGCCAAGAAGUUUGAGAGCUUGCUGGAGCUGGUGGAGUACUACCAGAGCCAUUCCCUGAAGGAGAGCUUCAAGCAGCUGGACACCACCCUCAAGUACCCCUACAAGUCUCGAGAGCGCUCGACCUCCAGGACCUUCACUCGCUCCCCAGCCUCCUGUGCUUCCUACAACUUUUCUUUUCUCAGUCCUCAGGGCCUCAACUUUUCUUCUCAGAGCUCCUCCAGUCCCUUCUGGUCAGUGUUCACCCCCCGGGUGGUAGGCACGGCGGUGGCGCGGUACAACUUCGCGGCGCGGGACAUGCGGGAGCUGUCGCUGCGGGAAGGAGACGUGGUGAAGAUCUACAGCAGGAUCGGUGGGGACCAGGGCUGGUGGAAAGGGGAGACCAAUGGAAGAGUCGGCUGGUUCCCCUCGACGUACGUGGAGGAGGAAGGGGUGCAGUGACCGGGGGCUGUCUGCUGGAAAGUUCAUCAAGUGCCCAGAGCAAGCCACUGCAGACCCUGCACGCUCGUCCCAGCGCCCACAGCUCCUCAGGAGCCAGGGCUGGACACCUCCAGGACUGCUCCUGCAGCCUCUUUAGCAACCUGCUCCUCUGUACAGCGUGUGCGCGCCGGGGCCGCCGCCGGCCUCUUCCCCGGAUAGAAGAUUGGUGGUCUGUUGGCUUCACCUUGGUGUAGCAGCUGCAGAAGCCCCCCAGGAAAGCCACAUUCUGCUGCAUGGACAGAGCUGAGAGACUCUGUGCAGUGC